CGGUCAGCCGUUGCUACUAUCAUGCAAUAGCCUUAAAAAUAAAAAAAAAUCUGUUGCAUUUCGAACGCGUAUUGCGCGCGAAAAGUUUGAUUAGUGCACGUUCUGAAUUUGAAAGUGUUGUGAUUAUUUUGUGGUGUUGUUUACCUACUUACGGAAAAGCACACCAUGGGUUCGCUGCCUCGGGUCUCGGUGGUGACGGGCGCUCGGAGCAGCGUGCCGGCCGCGCCCCUCACCAGGCAUCUCUCCAGGUUCGAGAUGAGUGACCGCACCGCGUUACUGUACACAGACGAGACGAGCAACGCCCGUAUCAGCUAUUCGGAGCUGGAAGCCACGACGAACGCCUUAGCCAAGGCUAUCGCUGGUCGCGCCAGGCUCGCAGGAGCCAACAGAGAUGGUGACCACGUGAUUGCUGUGUGCAUGCAGCCGACACAUAACACCGUGAUGACCUUGCUAGCGUCGUGGAAGGCAGGAGCCGCGUAUGUGCCGAUGGAGCCCAGUUUCCCGCAAGCCAGGGUGUCCCACAUCCUGCAAGAUGCUGAGCCGGCUCUAAUCAUUUAUGAUGAUACUGCCAAUCCAGCAAUGUUCUCUGCCAGCGGGAUACCAGCAGUGUCCUUCGAGGAACUGCGGCAGGAAGCCGGCAGCCUCUCCGCUGAGGAACUGAGCGACUGCGAGAUGUUAGCUCCUCCUGGAGCUGAGAGCAUUGCUAUCGUGUUGUAUACCUCCGGCAGUACGGGAAUACCGAAAGGUGUUCGACUCUCCUACUCGGCCAUCUGCAAUCGUCUCUGGUGGCAAUUCCACACCUUCCCAUUCUCCAACACAGAGGUCACGUGUGUCUGGAAGACAGCCCUGACCUUCGUGGACUCUGUCUGCGAGAUCUGGGGACCUUUACUGCAUGGGAGGUCGUUGUUGAUCCUAUCCCGAGAGACCACUAGGGACCCGCAGAAAUUGGUUACUGCUUUGGCUGAGAACCGGGUUCAACGUCUAGUCUUAGUUCCGACUCUCCUCCGUUCAAUCCUCAUGUACCUCUCCCUCAAUCCUUCGGAGAAACCCCUCCGGCAUAUCAAACUCUGGGUGUGUUCUGGCGAAACCCUCAGCAAGGAGCUGGCGUCACAGUUCUUCAGAUAUUUCGGGGACCAGAGCGGUCAUAAGCUGGCCAACUUCUACGGCAGCACCGAAGUUAUGGGCGAUGUCACUUAUUAUGUGCUGGAGAAUUCUGGCCAGUUGGAUUUGCAUGAUACCAUUCCUAUAGGCUCGCCGAUAGACAACUGCGCAGUGUACCUCCUGGACGAGGAGAUGAACCCCGCGCUGGAGUCGGAGGCGGGCGAGGUGUGGGUGGCCGGCCGCAACCUGGCGGCCGGAUACGUCGGCGGCCAGGGCCGGGACCGGUUCCCGGACAACCCUCACGCUGAUCACAGUGAUUUCAGCCGCCUAUACCGCACAGGUGACUUUGGUGUCCUCCGGAAGGGGGUCAUCCUAUACGCAGGUCGCACAGACUCGCAGGUCAAGAUCCGGGGACACCGGGUGGACCUUCAGGAGGUGGACAGAGCCGUGGCUGCGGUACCAGGAGUUGAUAAGUGCGUAGUGUUGUGCUACGGCCUCGAGCGCGGCAACCCCGAGCUGCUGGCGUUCGUGACGCUGGAACCCGGGGCGCGCGUGGCGCCGCAACACAUCGAGGCCACGCUGAAGGACAGCCUCACCAGCUACAUGAUCCCCCAGGUUAUCGAAAUAGAGAAUGUUCCAUUGCUUGUCAACGGUAAAGUGGACAGGCAGGCGUUGCUGAAGAUGUACGAGAAUACAAAUAAUAACGACGACACGGCAAUCACUCUAGACAUAGACUACUCAGGAAUAGACGAGCAAGACAUGGAGGCGGCGCGGACGCUGCUGACGACAGUGGGGCAGGUGCUGGGGCGCGCGGCGCGCGGGGCGCUGUGCGCGCGCGCCGGCUUCUUCGAGCUGGGCGGGAACUCGCUCAACUCCAUCUAUACCAUCACCAGGCUUAGGGAGAAGGGCUAUUAUAUUGAUAUCAGCGACUUCUUAGGAGCAGCGAACCUGGGAGAGGUGCUAUCGAAGCUGAGCACCAGUCCUGACUGCAGGAACGACAAUCAGGAGCCGAAGUUCACAGCCGAGCUGAUGAGGGACGACCACAAACAACAGGUCAUAGACAUGAUAGUAUCCUCGUUCUAUGAGAAGGCGGAGUUGGAGCAGUUCCUCAAACACGAGAUCGAGCCCCUGGACUACGCGGUCUGCAUCGACCUCUGCUGGUCUGCGCUGCUGCAGGCCCGGCUCAGCGUUGUGCUCAACGAUGCGACUGGCUCUCCAGUAGCCGUAGCGCUGAACUUCGACGCUCGAGACGAGCCGGAGAUCGAGCUCAGCGGCGGGCUCGCCAAGGUGAUGAGCUUCCUGGAGUUCGUUGAGGGCUCUGUCAGGGACGUGCUGCCCGAGGGGAAGGGCGCCGUCCUCCAUUCCUUCAUGAUGGCGACAGCAGCUGAUCUGUCUCCUCGGGACAACGUCGCAGCUAUUAAGGCGCUCGAGCACGCCACCAUGCGGAUAGCCAGGGACAGGCGAUUUAAGGGGGUCUUCACUACCAACACUAGCCCUCUUACCCAGCAACUAGGCACGGACGUCCUAGGUUUCCAAACGUUGCUGGACUACCAGCUCAACCACUACGUGGACGCGCGCGGGGAGCGGGUGUUUGGGGCCGCGGGGGACCACAUGCGCGCCGUCGUCUGCUGGAAGCCGGUCGAACUGUGAUAUUUUUAGGUUAUAAAGAAAUAAAAAUAAAAAAACUUCUUUCAUUUUUAGGUUAGGUUCUCUGUCACAUCCGUAUGCGGUAACACCAGACAACAAUAGUUAAACAAUACAUUCUUGCGAUUCUUGAGUAAACUCAAGGAUCGAAAGAUCUCUGGGGCUUUGGGGGUCUACCAUGAAAUAUAAAACACGUAGCACGUAAGUCCACGCGUUCUCUUGUUAUUUACAAGUGACAUCAUGUGGACGUUUGUAAUUGUAGGUACUACGUUUGUAUGUUUCGUGGUAGGUCUUCUGUUUCUCUAUUUUCUGACAAAAUAUAUAGUAAUACAACUAUAUGAUAAAUAUAUAGUAAGUAGUAUAAUUUCACCACUUUCUGAUAAAAUAUCAAGGUAAUAUGACUGAUAAGUUUUUGCCAGAUAAGGGCUAUCUAUAUAUAAGAAAUAUAUUAUCACAAUAAAUUAUUAAAUUAUUAAUAUAUACCUAUAUCAGGGUGCCCUAACCAAAACUCGUGAAACACAAAAAAGUAUUAAAUCAGCUAUUAUGAAAUGCUAGCUAGCAUUAAAUACUUCACGGGUACUUUAUGAGCAAACGGUGAAUGCCCGAAGUAUUUAUAAUUUUGAUUUCAACUGAAUGUUCUGUUUUCAAAAGAAAUACCGUCUCAUUGUGUUGGUCAUCUUUUGAAUAUAGAACGUUUCAACCAUUGACUAUCCUGUUUCAUUUUCUUUUUUUAAAUCUCAUUUGAUCAUGACAAUGUAUUAAAAUCUCCCUGAGGCUCUCUCAACGCGCAAUAUGAAUGAAUGACAAACAUGACCAAAUUGAUAAGUUUCGUUCUAUCAAACAUAUUAUACAAUGGCAGGGACUUUUCACCAUUUCAUUUUGUUCAUUCAUAUUGCACUACGUGAUUGACCGUCUAGGAGCCUGAAUGAGUUGAAGACGAGUACAAAAUAUUUUGACAUAGAAACGGUAAGUUAAGUGUCCGCGCCACUAAAGAACCGCCCACGGCCGUAUCUGGGACUAACAAUAAUAGAUCGGCCACGUUGUUGUUGUUCGCGACUGUAGCGCCGCGUACAGGAACUUCGUGGCGCAUCUGUUAUAGGAUCAUUUUUCUUUUUUACUUUCUCUUACCUUUUAUCAAGUGUCUAAUGUAAUAUUCUAAUUACUGAACGUAAUAAUAACUUAUAAUAAAAGAUACUCAACCCAGUGAGCAUAAAUAUAAAUAUUUUGAAUGCCUAUUUUCUUAUCAAAUUUAUUUAACAGUAGCGACACCUUCAAUAAGUCAUAUAAAGUUUGUUAUUUGUAGAAAUCUACGUGAUUUUUUUUUUAUUGAUGAUUGAGAUUUUUUUAUUUCUGGCCAGUGCUCAGACUAAGCUGUAGUAUUUCCUAUGACGUGUCAGUAAAUUAAAUUAAGUUAUUUUAAGUUUAAACUUUGAGCCU